CAAAUAAGAGAGGUGACCUAACUACCUCAGAAACAUCGAGAAACUGUUUUAUCUCUUCAAAGGGACCUUCACAUUCUUUUUCCAUAUAGAUUCCUCUGGUGAUGUUCUCUGUUUUUUUCUUUUCUUUUUUCUUGUUUGUUGCUUGUGAAAGAAUAUGACAACAUAUGGCGCUAUACCAUCCCAAGAAAAUGCUUCGUCAAGCCUGAGCUUAUUAGGACGAGCCAAAGAAUUGAUCUUGUUAGGCCUUAGCUCUCAAAGGCCAUGGCUUGAACUUGUACAAUGUAGUGCCUUUAGCCUUCCUAUCUCAUUUACUGUUGCCACUGAACGAAUCAAAACCAACAUCAUGAUUUUUCGAACCAACUACAUUAUCAUCUUCAUUGUUACUAUCUUCAUCAGCAUGCUCUGGCAACCCGUCCACCUUUCUGUCUUUUUUAUCUUGAUAGUAGCAUGGCUAUAUGUCUACUCCCGUGAUAAUGAACCAUGGGUGAUAUUUGGCAAUGUGAUCGAUGAUUCUACUUUGGUGCUGGUUUUGUUGGUCCUCACGAUCGGUAUAUUUCUAUUAACAGAUGUAUCCCGCGGUAUUAUGAUCGGGGUUUUGGCUGGUUUGCCCAUUGUUCUGGUUCAUGGCAUGUGUAGGAAUACAGAGAUGUUGUUCGUCUUGGAAGAUGAUGAAGAGAAGCUGACAAUUAACACAGCAAAAUCUUCGUCGCUUUCUUCUUCCUCGUAACAACUGAAACACAUGAUUUUUUGUUUUGGUUUCAUGACCGGUGGAGCAAAAUCAACAUGAUGCAAAAAGAACGUUAGCUCUUUUGCGGUCAAAAAUUCAGGAUUUGGACGUUGAGAUGUAAUGAUAUUAGUCAGAGACCAUAGUGACACAAAUGAUACUUUGCCUUGUUGACCUUGAGGUCCUUAAAUAGGUUACAAUGAACUUCUUUGAGAAACUACAAGAAGUCUAGAAUGUACAAAUGAUGUGAACAAGAGGCGUCUACUUUUUAUGUCUUUA